AUGGCCAUGAGCCUGCCACACUUGGGAGGCACCAGCGGAGGGGCUCACACUCAACCUUCGCUGCCCUCGCUCCCAGCCCAUCUCCAAUCCGAUACGCACCUCACGGCUCACCUCGCUAGUCGCUUCCAUGUCUCCCACCCCACCGCUCGACUCUCCUCCCACGCCUUGAUCUCCCUCAACACCUACACGUCUUCCACCAAAGGCCCCGAUGGCGGCAAGGAGGGAAGCGCCAUGGCCGGUGCCGAAGAGAUGGCCGAACGCGCCUGGUUGAGACUGGGCCACCGAUCUGAGAACCAGGCUGUCGUCUUUCUCGGCGAAUCUGGCUCUGGUAAAUCCACCAUUCGGGCUCAUCUUCUCACGGCCCUUCUCAACAAGUCAUCGACUCCCCUUUCAACCAAGCUUUCACUGGCCGCCUACGUCUUUGACACCCUGACCACGACCAAGACUGCCACAACUGCCACUGCUUCUAAGGCUGGUCUGUUUUACGAACUUCAAUAUGACACAUCUGCCACCACCAACCCUAUCCUAAUCGGUGGUAAGCUGCUUGACCAUCGAUUGGAGCGAAGCCGUAUCGCCGAUGUCCCCACCGGAGAGCGCAACUUCCACGUUCUCUACUACCUCCUUGCUGGCACCAGCGAAGCCGAGAAGGCUCAUCUCGGUCUGGACGGAGCCUCUGGCAAUGCCGGUGGUCCCCAGAAGCGCUGGAAGUACCUCGGCCAUCCCACUCAGCUCAAGGUCGGAAUCAAUGACGCUGAUGGCUUCCAAGUCUUUAAGAACGCUUUGAGGAAGCUUGAGUUCCCUCGCGCUGAGAUUGCCGAGAUUUGUCAAAUGCUUGCUAGUAUCCUUCACAUUGGUCAACUUGAGUUCGAGACUUCCAGCUCCACCAGUGUCGCUGGCGAUGACAGCGGUGGUUUCUCCCAUGAGGGCGGCCAAACUAUUACUGCUGUCAAGAACAAGGAUGUGCUCGCUAUAGUUGCCGCCUUCCUUGGAGUGGGCGCCGGCGAGCUUCAGACGACUCUGGGUUACAAGACCAAGAUGCUUCACAAGGAGCGCGUCACUGUCAUGCUUGAUCCUAAUGGAGCUCGAGCUCACGCUGGCGAGCUCGCCCGCACUCUCUACUCGCUGCUCGUGGCUUGGAUUAUCGAGACCAUCAACCAGAGGCUGUGUGCUGCCGAGGAGUCCAUUGCGAACACUGUAUCCAUUGUUGAUUUCCCUGGCUUCGCCCAGCAAACUUCCACCGGGUCUGCUCUGGACCAGCUGCUUAACAAUGCUGCUACUGAGGCGGUUUACAAUCUCGCUCUUCAGAACUUCUUCGACCGCAAGGCCGAUAUGCUCGAGUCUGAGGAGGUCAGUGUUCCUGCCACCAGCUACUUUGAUAAUUCGGACGCUGUCCGUGGUAUCUUGAAGCCCGGUAACGGUCUCCUUAGCAUUUUGGAUGACCAAACUCGGCGUAACCGAUCCGAUAUGCAACUCCUUGAAAGCCUGCGAAAGCGCUUCGAGGGUAAGAACCCUGCUAUCGAUGUUGGUUCCGCCACUGCCAAGCUCCCUGGUAGCAACUUUAUGACUGAGAAUACUGCUGCCUCAUUCGUUGUUAAGCACUUUGCUGGUGAGGUCGAAUACCCCAUCAAGGGCUUAAUUGAGGAGAAUGGAGAGAUUAUUUCUGGCGAUCUCCUGAACAUGAUUAAUGGGACCAAGAGCGAGUUUGUUGCCAGGCUCUUCGGCCAAGAGGCUUUGCAGACUGUCACUCACCCCCACGAGCGUACCGCUGUCAUGCAGGCCACCGUCAGCUCGAAGCCCAUGCGAGCCCCCAGUGUCAUGUCUCGCAAGACGCAUCGCACCGCACGACCCAACACUGCCUUCCGUCGCCAGCAGCAAGAUGCAAUGGACGAUUUGGAACAAACAAGCCAAGCUGGCGAGUCGCGAAAGAACACCAAGAUUGGCAUUGACCAGGGUGCUUCAGGGCAAUUCCUUUCCUCCUUGGAAAACGUUCAAAAGGCUGUCACUGACCCCGGCACGAACGCUUAUUUCGUCUUUUGCUUGAAACCCAACGACCGACGCAUUGCCAACCAAUUUGAUAGCAAGUGUGUUCGCACGCAGGUGCAGACAUUUGGUAUCGCUGAAAUCAGCCAGAGACUUCGAUCAGCGGAUUUCAGUCUGUUCUUGCCGUUCGGCGAGUUCCUUGGCAUGGCUGAUGCUGAGACGAUCCUUGUUGGCAGCGAACGAGAGCGCGCUGAAAUGGUUAUUGAGGAGAAGCAAUGGCCCAACAAUGAAGUUCGGGUUGGUGCUACUGGCGUCUUCCUCAGCGAACGUUGCUGGAUGGAAGUCGCACAACUCAUUGACGGUGGCUCUAUCUCUGGCCGUUUCGGCUUCUCUUCUGACGCUGGUGAUGGCAUGACCCCGGGAGAUCAGGCUGCCUUCGGCGCCUCCAAAGAGCGCCUCAUUUCUGGCGGCAACACGCCACUGAUGUAUGGCGAAAAGGGAAAGAACGGCUACUUCAAUGACGACACUCGAUCCGAGGCUGGUGUUUCUGCCUUCGGCGGUGGUGACAUGUUCAAGAACCUUGACACCCGAGAGCAAAUGGCCGAGCGCGGUAAUGAAAAGAACCUCGAGGAGAUCGAGGUGUACAAGGACAAGCCUAGCCGAAAGCGAUGGGUCUUCAUUGUCUACUUGAUGACCUGGUUCGUACCUGAUUUCCUCAUCCGAUGGAUGGGACGAAUGCCUCGAAAGGAUGUUCGUGUUGCUUGGAGAGAGAAGCUGGCCAUCAACAUGCUCAUCUGGUUCAUGUGUGUCUUCGUUGCCUUUUUCAUGGUUGGAUUCCCGUUACUCCUUUGCCCAACACAACACGUCUACAGUGCCUCCGAACUGUCGUCUUAUGACGGCGAGAAAGGUAGCGGCGGCGCGUAUCUCUCAAUCCGUGGCUACGUUUUCGACAUUGGUUCUUACGCACCGAGGCACUAUCCCCCCUACAUUGAAGUUAGCGAUCUCACCGAUUAUGCUGGCCUCGAUGUGAGCUCUCUGUUUCCCGUUCAGGUUUCAGCGCUUUGCCAGGGCAAGGAUGGCUCUGUGCGCCCAGAAGUCACUUUGGAUUACAAGAGCACCAACAUCACUGGUUCGGCCUCUGUUGUCUCUGUAGAUGAUCUCACUGCCACAUAUCACGACUUCCGGUAUUACACCAACGACAGCAGACCCGAUUGGUACUUCGAGCAAAUGACGUUCUUAAAGGCCAACUACAUGAAGGGUAGAAUUGGCUACACCCCCAGCUACGUCAAGAAGCUGGCCAAGAAGCAGCAAGCGAUAGCCAUCAUGGGAAGCCGUGUCUACGAUUUGACUACCUACCUCACUGGUGGUCGCAGGAUGCGAACCAAGACUGGCAAAACCCUUCCCAGCAAUACCGCUGACACCAACUUCAUGGCCGACUCCGUCACGCAACUCUUCCAGUCCAGGGCUGGUGGCGACAUCAGCAAGUACUGGAAUGCGCUUGAUCUGGACGAUGCCGCCAAGGCCCGCAUGGAGACAUGUCUCAACAACCUGUUCUAUGUCGGUGACGUCGAUACGCGAAACUCGAUUCGCUGUCAGUUUUCCACUUACUUCAUUCUCGCUAUUUCCAUCAUGCUGGCCUCCGUUAUCGCUUUCAAGUUCCUCGCAGCCCUCCAGUUUGGAGGCAAGAACGUGCCUGAGAACCUCGACAAAUUCGUCAUGUGUAUGAUUCCUGCAUAUACUGAAGACGAGGACUCUCUCCGCCGUGCCAUGGACUCAGCUGCCCGAAUGAAGUAUGAUGAUAAGCGCAAGCUUCUGAUCAUGGUCUGUGAUGGUAUGAUUAUUGGUCAGGGUAACGACAGGCCCACACCCCGCAUCGUCCUCGACAUUCUUGGUGUCUCUGAAACCGUUGACCCCGAGCCAUUGAGCUUCGAGUCGCUCGGCGAGGGUUUGAAGCAACACAACAUGGGCAAGGUCUACUCUGGUCUGUAUGAGGUUCAGGGCCACAUUGUUCCCUUUAUGGUCAUUGUCAAGGUCGGCAAGCCCUCUGAGGUCUCUCGUCCCGGUAACCGUGGUAAGCGAGACUCUCAGAUGGUUCUCAUGCGAUUCCUCAACCGUGUUCACUACAACCUUGCCAUGAGCCCUCUCGAACUUGAGAUGUACCACCAGAUUCGCAACAUUAUCGGUGUCAACCCGACCUUCUACGAAUACAUGCUCCAGAUUGAUGCCGAUACCGUUGUUGCUCCCGACUCAGCUACCCGCAUGGUUUCCGCCUUCUUGGAUGACACUCGACUCAUCGCCUGCUGUGGUGAAACGGCCCUGACUAACGCUAAGGCUUCGUUCAUCACCAUGAUCCAGGUCUACGAGUACUGGAUUUCCCACAACUUGUCCAAGGCCUUCGAGAGUUUGUUCGGCUCCGUCACCUGUUUGCCCGGUUGUUUCUCCAUGUACCGAAUCCGUGCUGCCGAGACUGGAAAGCCCCUCUUCGUCAGCCGUGAGAUUGUCGACGACUACUCAACCAUCCGAGUCGAUACCCUCCACAUGAAGAACCUGUUGCAUCUGGGUGAGGAUCGAUAUCUCACGACGCUGCUCCUCAAGUAUCACUCCAAGUAUAAGACUAAGUACCUUUUCAACGCGCACGCUUGGACCAUUGCUCCUGAUUCAUGGGCUGUCUUCCUUUCUCAACGUCGUCGCUGGAUCAACUCUACUGUGCACAACUUGGUCGAGCUCAUCCCCAUGGCGCAGCUCUGCGGUUUCUGCUGCUUCAGUAUGCGUUUCGUCAUCUUCAUCGACUUGCUCAGUACCAUUGUCCAGCCCGUUAUCGUGGCUUACAUUGUCUACAUGAUCUACCUUGUCAUUGACAAUCCCAGUGUGGUACCUGUCACGUCUUUUAUCUUGCUCGCUGCCAUCUACGGUCUGCAAGCAAUCAUCUUCAUCCUGCGCCGUAAGUGGGAGAUGGUUGGCUGGAUGAUUCUUUACAUCCUGGCUAUUCCUGUCUUCGGUUUUGGUCUCCCUCUGUACUCUUUCUGGAACAUGGACGACUUCAACUGGGGUAACACUCGUGUCGUCGCUGGUGAAAGCGGUAAGAAGGUUGUUAUCAGUGACGAGGGCAAAUUUGAUCCCGCCUCUAUUCCUCGCAAGAAGUGGGAGGAGUACCAGGCAGAGCUGUGGGAGACUCAGACCGCUCGCGACGACGUCCGCUCCGAGAUCUCUGGUUACAGCUAUGCCACCAAGGCUCAGGGUGCCAUGUCCGAGUAUGGUGGCUACCAGGCCAGCCGCCCGGGCUCAACCGCUGGCUUCGCCCCCCCGAUGCAUCAUGCGGGUGACCGCAACAUGUCUCGCAUGUCCUUUGCUCACUCCGAGAUGCCUGGGAACCGCGCCAGUCAAUUCGGCGGAUCUCAGUUCUUCUCGCCUGAGGAUAUGGUCGGCCUGCCAAGUGAUGACGCAUUGCUCGCUGAGAUUCGCGACAUCCUUAAGACGGCUGACUUGAUGACCGUCACCAAGAAGGGCAUCAAGCAGGAGCUUGAGAAGCGCUUUGGUGUUCCUCUGGACGCUAAGAGAGCGUACAUUAAUUCUGCUACCGAGGCGCUCCUCUCUGGCCAACUAUAA